CCCGUUCACCUCACUGUCUUCAUAUUUAAGAUGCUUUCUGUGUUAGUCCCGUUAAAGAAGCGAAGAAUUUCAGUGAUGGUUAUAAAUGAUGACGUUAAAAUGUGGACAGUUUAUAUGAUCACAUUGAAGUUCAGGAAAGUAGCCCAUGUGCUAUUAUUAUUAUUUUAGGUUUGAUCUUUUAUUAAUCAUUCCCCAGGUUUUGUUUGCUACAAUUUCCCUGGAGGAAGAUUUUCAGAGCAAUACAUAAAGAAACAGUAUCCACAGAAACCCAUCUCAGUCUUGACAGCAUGUCACCUUGAACAAAGCUGUAAUUAUUGGGAGAAAUAGUGUGGAAAGGAGUGGCGGAAGUGAAGAAUGAAUUCUUCUCAUGGCAUCAAAAAACACAAAAGAUGACUGAAUUCGGAGAUUAUGUGUAGCUGUGCUGUACGUGUAAGCCAUCAGCGGUCAUGUUCGGACAUGUGUACCGGGCUGGACUGCAGAAACCCGAUGGGCUCCUUUUGCCAUUUUCAUCCAUUUAAGAGACCGGCCCACAAUUUAGAGGGAGCAACCCAUUAAGUCAUUUACAAAGCUCACAACAUGUGUUUUAGGAAGAAAGAUUAACACUGGUCCAACCUGUUUUAUGCUUUGGAAACACUCAUGUCAACUGCCUGACUUGACUUUCCUGUCUAAGGCAUAUAGACUUUAUAAAGAUUAGACGAGGAUUAAAUAUGGGCAAGAGAUAGUAAACAAAUGACGUUGCAGGGACGUACUUUACGUAUUUUAGCUGCUGCCUUUGAGGUUUAACCCCAUUUGGACUCAGAGAAAUCAGUCUGCGGAAUUCUUCGAUAUGCUGGAGAGAAUGCAGGUCCUAGAAAAAGGUGGCCCAUACCCCCAGGUAAUCUUGCCACAAUUUGGUGGCUACUGGAUUGAAGAUGCAGAGGCACCAGCUGGGACACCCUCGUCUUCAGAGUCCAGUUUCUGUGAAGACGAAGACGGAGGAGAAGGUAUGAGUCCCGGUGAGGGACACAGCUAUCGUCUGGAGUGCAACAGCACAGCACGGGCCUAUCGCAAACACUUUCUGGGCAAGGAGCACAUGAACUACUACUGCACUGGCAGCAGCAUAGGGAACCUCAUCAUGUCCCUGAAGCAUGAGGAGGUUGAGGGCCAAGAAUUAUUGCGCAUUAUGCUCAGGUCAAGGACCAAAACAGUCCAUGAUAGAAUAUCCUUAGCGGGCAUAAACCAGCUUCCUAGUGUACCUCAGAUUGCAAAACUUCUAUGUGACGACGCCACAGGAUUAAAGUUCAACCCAGCUCUUUACCCUCGAGGAUCUCAGUUGAUCGUAGCUUUCGAUGAGCAUGAGGUCAACAACACCUUCAAAUUUGGAGUGAUCUACCAACAAUUUGGACAGACAUCUGAAGAACAGUUGUUUGGGAACAAUGAAGAGACUCCAGCUUUCAAGGAGUUUCUCAGCAUACUUGGUGACACCAUUGAACUUCAGGAUUUUAAGGGAUUUCGUGGCGGGCUGGAUGUGUCCCAUGGACAAACAGGGACUGAAUCAGUCUACACAGUUUUCAGACAAAGAGAGAUUAUGUUCCACGUGUCAACCAAACUUCCUUUCACCGAUGGCGAUGUCCAGCAGCUUCAGAGGAAAAGGCACAUAGGGAAUGACAUUGUGGCGGCGGUUUUUCAAGAAGAGCCUACCCCCUUUGUUCCUGACAUAAUUGCCUCCAACUUUCUGCAUGCCUACGUGAUAAUCCAAGUUGAGAACCCAUGUACGGAGAACACGACGUACAAGGUAUCUGUCACUGCUCGGGAAGAUGUACCUCCCUUUGGACCCCCCCUUCCGAACCCAGCUGUCUUUAAAAAGGGCCCAGAGUUCCGAGAGUUUCUUUUGACAAAGCUGAUCAAUGCGGAAAAUGCCUGCUACAAAUCUGAUAAGUUUGCCAAACUUGAGGGUCGAACGCGAGCUGCGUUGCUUGACAACCUUCACGAUGAGAUUCACAGACAAAGUCAGGCCACUCUGGGUUUGAGAGAAGCGGAAGAGGAGGACAAGUUGGAGAAUGGUGGACAUGGAGGUCUGCUGGAGUCCUUCAAGAGGGCCAUGCGUGUGAGGAGUCACUCAAUGGAGACUGUGGUGGGAUCUAAUCGGCUAAGGAGCCCCGGUGGCGGAGGGGGUGUACCACCCAGUUUAAGUGGAGGAGCAAUGCCACAGAGUACUAGUGAAUGUACAAAGAGCACCUACAAUCCUCCUGCAUUGUCAACCAAAUCUUCCUUAAAGAGCCCAGUCAAAAGGCGAUCUGGACUCUUCCCUCGUCUCCACUCCAGCAUCGAAACUCCGUCCGAAAAAUGCACUCGAAGUGACCAAAAGUCAACAGAGGUCUGCCCACUGUCCCAGGAAGUGAGGUCAGAGACAUUGUCCAACCCCAGCUCACCUGAGAUCUGCCCUAACAAAGAAAGGCCUUUCACUAAAAUGAAGGAAAGCGCGAGCAACAGGCCCAACAUUUCCCGGUCGUCAUCAAGCACCAGCAGUUUUAGCAGCAUUACUGGAGAUCCAGAAGCUUUGGAAGAUUUAGAGGCAGCUAGCCAUCCCUCCAUAGCAUCAUCUUCUGCCUUCAGUCCUUCCAUCAGCAUCGACAGCCCCGUGUCAGGAACUCCUAUCAUCAUGUGCCGCAGCUCCACAGAUGGGAAAAAUAAGACAUCACCGAAGUCCAACUUGAAGUUCAAAUUUGACAAAAUCAGUCACUCGUCCACAAAUUCGGAGUAACUUGAGAGGGCCCGUGAAUGGAGCUGUGCAAAACACAACCAGAAUCUCAAAAAAACAAAUCAUUGUAAAACCACGUCCCCAAGCCACGGUUGAUCAGGCAAGACUAGCAAGGACACCAUGGUCCCCAAAAUAACUGGCAAUACUGUGAGUGUAUAGCAGCAAAUUGUAUUUUUGAGGUUCUUUUUGACAGACUUUUGGCAGACAGGAAUAAUUUAAUAUUUUACCAAUGCUCGGUGCAUUUACACGAUGUGGUAAAUUGUUCAUAUCGGAUUUACUAACUAACCCUGGCCAGGCUGUAAUACUGUGAUUGUUGCGGUGAGCUCGACUCUGUCCAAAGCUUUUAUCCAAUUAGUCCGUGUGAGCUUAACACCGUACCCAGGUUUAAUGGGAACAUAAACUAAAGGCUUAUUAAGGUUUUUAGCUUGUCGGCUGCUGGCCAGUUUAGAGGUUAAGGUGUGCCCCAUGUCUAAAAAUGAUCCGGCAAAUAGAUCCUAUUGAAAUAAAAACAUACGUUCAUUAGUGAGGUAUUGGAAGUGUAUCAGUGUAGGUUUUGUUGUGUGUGUGAAAAUGUUCUUUUGUAGGACUUUUUUUUUUUGUUACCUUGCUCGCUGCUGCACUAUGACCGCUGCCGGAAUUCAGUCGUCCCGUGUGAUAGUAUUUUUUAUUUUUGUCAGGAUGUCAAAUCUCGCAAUCCAUGUGCUUGUUUUGCUGAAAAAUGUUGUGCAGUACGUGGUACUGCAUGAAUAUUUCAAAAUUUUAUUCUCUACUCGUAUUGUAACUGCGUUUUUUUUUAAAACAGAUUUUUGCACUCUGAAAACAUUUUGCUCUCUGAUACCUCCUAUUGAGGCUUGCUAGCUCACUGUACCUGUGUACUAUGUGUAUGAUAUAUUUUCCUGUCAUAACUUGAUGACAUGAAAAAGGCUGAAUUAACCUUUUCACCAGUUCUGGCAAAAACAUAAUGAAUGUGAAAUUGAAGUGAUUCUGUUUUUAUGGCAUCCAUUAAAUGUGCAAUGCCAAGGUAGUUGCUUACAUGCACAACUAGGCAAGACUAGUAGUUUAAAUUAUGGAUUUUGGGGGCAUCAGUUGGACAAAAGGGAGCUAGGGGAAAUACUACUUCAGAGGAUUCAUGCUUCCUGUGAUGAAAAACCAAUUUUGGUUUCUAAAUGUUAUUUUGACAGAAUUAAUUUUUAUGAGAAUAAUUAUCUGGAGAAAAGAAAACAGGCAAAGACACCAGUUAAAAUUUGUAUUCCUCAUUGAGUUUGCAGCAGCCCUAAAUGCCUUGCCGCUUUUCCACUGUUAAUAUACUUAAUUUAUUAAAAGAUAUUUUUUUUAGUAUUGUAAAAAAUAAUUGAAAGGUACAUAAGGAAAUAUAACAGGAUGAGAGAGAUAUAUGAAUUUCAAAGGUGUCUAAUGUAAAUGUAUAUUUCGUUAUGUAAUGUGCCGCUGGAAAUGUAUUCAACAAAUAAAAUGUUGUAUUUUG